AUGACUCCGGACGGAAUUGCACUGCGCAUCAUCCCGGACGAAAUUGGCAAUGGUGACUGCCGAGUCCCAGUCAAGGACUCCACGGACUCAAUCGUUCCUGGAAAGUCUACCAAGUUACAGGGCGCGCCUCGGAGCCCAGAGCUUGACAAUCCGCCUUUGGUUCUCUCGCCUGGGUUGAAUUUGUUCGACUCUAUGUCGGGCCUGUGCGAUGUUGUCGUUAGAAAUACGUCCUCUGACCACGCAACCGUGAGAGCUGGUUGCGUAUUGGAAAGACACGACGACUUGACUGAGACCAAGUGCGCUGAACACCAUAACCAUACGUACUAUAUACCGCCACUGUCGAGUUUCUUACUUUGCAAACUGCCUAUAUCACAGUCGGCUACGACGCCUAACAGAUACAUAGACCCUAUACCGGGUCUUACUCGAGACCGGAGAUUCGAUCUAAUCCUCCUUGAUCCGCCAUGGGUGAAUAGAUCUGUUCGACGCAGCGGACAUUACCAUACACAGCACUACCUCGAGAGCGGCCUACUGAUGCAGCGUAUUCGAGAUAUACUCAAGGUGCACUUGCAAGACAGUCAUCGCAACGUCCAUUGUGGCACUUCUGAUGAUCGUGCAUCGGUCCCAGAGCCGACCAAGAAACAGACCCAGAGCUCUAUAGCUGCCAUAUGGAUUACCAACUCUGCAAAAGCGCGGAAAAUAGCCUAUGAUGCUAUCCAAGGCGCGGGUCUUUCCGUCUGCGAGGAAUGGAUCUGGAUCAAGACCACCACAAAUGGGGAUCCUAUCACGCCGCUAGAUGGCCUCUGGCGGAAACCUUAUGAAGUUCUAGUCGUAGGGAGGAGGCAACAGGCUGGUCCAUCGGAUAAAAGGGGUGGUGGUAUUGUCACUAGGAGAUUCAUUGCCGCUGUUCCGGAUGUGCAUUCCCGGAAGCCGAAUUUAAAGGAAAUAUUUGAGAAGAUUUUCUUUGCCGAUGGUUCUCCUUCUCCUAAUUCAGAAAUUCGCACGACAUAUUCAGCUUUGGAGGUAUUCGCACGCAAUUUAACAGCCGGGUGGUGGGCCUGUGGAGAUGAAGCUCUGAAGUUCAACUCAGAGGAAUGGUGGGUUCAAGGAAAUGAUACAAGCUUGAGUUGA